AUGUCAGAGCAGGAGCAGCAACAACAAGUUCAACAAAGACAACAACCCGAUAACAACGUACAAGAAGCAGAUUACGCUUCAGACGGUGAUAAUGACGAGAAACCUAAAGGUGAAUUCGAAAAUACGAUUUCUAAUGGGAUGAUCAAAUCUGGUCAAGUUGGACAAGGUAAUGAUCCAUCCAACGCUAUCAAAGAUGUGGCUUUGAACCCAUUAGGUAAAAGGAAGAAGAUGCUAAGUGAGACCAUCGGUGAAGAGAACUUGAAACAAGUUGGAAAGAAAGAUGGUAAGGAAGAUAACGAUAGUGGUAGUUUAAAAAUUAGAAUUCAAUUGGAUUUAGAUGUUGAAGUUCAUUUAUCAGCUAGGAUCAAAGGUGAUAUCACCAUUGGGUUGCUUUAG